CAUCCAACCCUAGCUUCUAUUCCGGCCACCAUGUCGCGGCAGAAACGGGCGGCGGCGGCGGCGGCAAUGCAAAAUCUGCUGAAGGUGGAUGCGGCUCGGGUGCGCAAGGCAGCCGCGACGCAAUCGCGGAAGGAUGUGGCGGCGCCGAUGCGGAAGGCCCCGGGGCAAGUUCGGGAUUGGGCGGCGCCGAUGCGGAAGCAGAGGACUUCGGGCGUAGCGGCGCAUGUGCCGGAGCAGAGGACUUUGGGCGGAGCGGCGCUUGUGGGUGCAUAUGGCUCCGGCAGCUUCUUCAAUGGGGGCGCCGACGGUUUCUUUGGCAGUGGUGGACAGAACCCCAUUCAGCCAUGGAUGUCUCAGUCUUCGGAUCCUUCAACAUGGGGUCAAAAUGCAACACCUCCUGGAAGAAUUGUCCAAAAGCAUGGGCUGGCAUGUUCACUCGUGGUGACAAAGGAAAACCUACCAUGAUCCUUGAGGCGGUAGCAUCUCGCGACCUUCGUAUAUGGCAUGCUUUUUUCGGUACUGCUGGGUCUCAAAAUGAUAUCCAAGUGUUAAACAAGUCACCAUUAUUCAUUCAAGCGAUAAAAGGAGAAGCCCCCCGAGUGAAUUAUAUUGUAAAUGGAACGCAGUAUGACAUGGGUUACUAUCUUGCCGAUGGGAUAUAUCCUGAGUGGGCAGCCUUUGUGAAGACAAUAAAAAAGCCCCAAACGGAGAAAUAUAAAUUAUUUGCGCAGCGACAAGAAGGGGCAAGGAAGGAUGUCGAGUGCGCAUUUGGUGUGUUGCAAUCUCGUUUUGAUAUUGUCAACCGUCCGGCACGGUUAUGGAAAAGGAAUGAUGUUGUUAAUAUAAUGCAAGCUUGCGUUAUCCUGCAUAAUAUGAUAGUGGAAGAUGAGAAAGAGUUAGUUCGAAUUCCAUUGGAUUUGAAUGAGAAUCCGAGUGCAACCAUUGUCCUACCACCGGAAGUGAGUACAAAUGAGAACCCUAAUCCAUGCUU